AUGCGGGGUUGCUAUCCAAGGAGAAAGAGGAACACGUCGCCAAAGUGGAUUAAAGCUUUCAAACUGUCCUAUUCCUUAGAUGAAUCAAACUGGGAAACCUACCGGGAUGAAAGUGGUGAAGAAAUGGAAUUUCAGAGUAUAGGUUACGGUCCUUCAAUCGCUCAGCACAAGUUACCACUGCCAGUGUAUGCAAGAUACUUUCGAUUUUAUCCAAUCCAGCGUCAUAGAAGGACCUGCCUUAGGGUUGAGAUUUUCAAACAAAAAUUUCCAGGAUGUCAGUACAUCGACGUAGGACUAGGCAAUGGAUACACCCUGGAUAGAGAUUUCAGUUCGUCCUCUGUACUAAAUGCAAACACACCUGCUAAGAAUGGUCGAUUGAACUACAAUGGAGGAUCAUCAUGGUGUGCCGCAACAAAUGAUAGUCAGCCAUAUCUACAGGUUGACUUUGAAAAGCUUUAUAUCAUCUGUGCUGUUUCAACUCAGGGGAACUCCCAAGGAGACGAGUGGGUAAGGAAGUACACACUUCAGUCAUCUAGGGAUGGAACAAAUUGGACAGACUAUCAAGAGGCGGGAAUAUUGAAGGUUUUCUCAGGAAAUUUCAACCGAAAUAAAACAGUAAAACAAAUUUUGUGCAGUGAGCUUGUUGCUAAGCGUUUACGUUUCAUUCCUAAAGAGCACUACGGAAACUGUUGUAUGAGGGUUGAAAUAUAUGGAAUACCACUGACAGCAGAUAAUCUUGCCUUAGAAAAGCCAGCCUUUCAGUCGAGUUAUUUUUAUGAUGCUAUGGAUGGGAAUUAUCCAAGAAAAGCAGUGGACGGAGUAAAGAAUACAAACAGAUACCAUUGUGCAAACACAGCAAGUUCGUUUCCUGAUGCGUUUUGGACCGUCGACCUUGAACAAGUGCUGCCUGUUUCAGAGGUUUUCAUACUUAAUAGUGGAGACUGUUGUGGGGAACGUUUAAACGGUGCCGAGAUAAGAGAAAUGAAACUAGAGAUAGAGGAGGAACCAACGAUCUUUGCACCAGUGAUCUACGAGUCCCUCAAGGAAAGGGAAAGUUUUUUCGAUGUAAUACGACGCUGUACGGCAGAUAUUUAUUUAUCAGGAUACCUGGAUCGUCGAAACCGUUGGUCCUGUGUGAAGUUGAAGUUUUCUCCACAAUCAGAUCAAAUCUUGCCUUGUAUCAGUCUGCUUCUCAGUCUUCUACAAGGUCAAAUUAUACCGCUAACAAAGCCGUGGAUGGAGAUAUUCACUCCUGUGCUACAACUCAGUCCCAGCAGGACCCCUGGUGGAGAGUGGACUUAG